GGGGCGGAGUCAGGCUCUCGCGUUGGCCCCGCCCACCACCUCGGGUAUAAAGUGCCGCCCGCUGCGCGCUCGCCUCCCUCCGAAAGGCACGGAAAGGACAUCACCAUGUCGUGCUCUAAGUCCAUGGUCCUCGGGUACUGGGAUAUCCGCGGGCUGGCGCACGCCAUCCGCCUGCUCCUGGAGUUCACCGGCACCCGCUACGAGGAGAAACGGUACACCUGCGGGGGAGCUCCUGACUUUGAUAAAAGCCAAUGGCUGGACGUGAAAUUCAAGCUGGACCUGGACUUUCCCAACCUGCCCUACCUCAUGGACGGCAAGAACAAGAUCACCCAGAGCAACGCCAUCUUGCGCUACAUCGCACGCAAGCACAACAUGUGUGGGGAUACCGAAGAAGAAAAGAUCCGCGUGGACAUCAUGGAGAACCAGAUCAUGGACUUCCGCAUGCAACUGGUUCGAAUCUGCUACAACUCGGACCAUGAAAAGCUGAAGCCCCAGUACUUGGAACAGCUCCCUGGACAACUGAAACAGUUCUCCCUGUUCCUGGGGAAAUUCUCGUGGUUUGCAGGGGAAAAGCUCACCUUUGUGGAUUUCCUCACCUACGAUGUCUUGGAUCAGAACCGUAUGUUUGAGCCCAAGUGCCUGGAUGAAUUUCCAAACCUGAAGGCUUUCAUGUGCCGUUUUGAGGCUUUGGAGAAGAUCGCGGCCUACAUGCAGUCCGACCGCUUCUUCAAGAUGCCCGUCAACAACAAGAUGGCCCUGUGGGGCUGCAAGAGACUAUGCUGAGCAGGAGGCUGCCUCCCACCGUUUCCUCUGCCUCCUCCUGCCCCGGGACCUGUGUGCUUUCUUCUCUGCUCUGCUCAAUAAAUAGCCCUUAGGCUA